AUGAUAACGGCUACUUUAACAAUGGCCUCGACUUCAACGAUGACCACUAUUUCAACAGUGGUCUCGACUUCAACGAUGACCACUACUUCAACAAUGGCUCCUACUGCAACAAUAAGUUCGACUUCAACGGUGAUCUCUACUUUAACGAUGGUUCCAACUUCGAGUUCGACUUUGAGUUCUACUCCUCAAAUGCCAUGUGCUUCUGCUGAAUGGAGUUCAACUGGAAUUACAAUUACUUCAGACCUAUCUAGUCCAUAUGAUAUUGCUAUUGACAGUCGAGAUAAUAUAAUCGUUGCGGAUACUGAAAACCAUCGUUUACAAAAGUAUUUUACUAAUGGAACAAAUAUGACACUGUUAACAGACAUCAAAGCACUUAGUAUAUUUAUUGACAAGUUUGAUAAUAUCUAUGUUACAGAUGCAUUUGAUGAUGAAGUUAGGAUACUGAGUUCUAAUGGUGAAUUAAUAACAAUAAUUGAUGGAAGUGAAAUUUCAGGCAGCGUAGUGAAUCACCUAGUUCUUAAUGGUCAACCAGGCCUUUAUGUUGAUACAAAUAGCACCGUAUAUAUUUCAGAUACUGGUAAUCAUCGAGUUAUCAAAUACUAUCAAAAUUCAACGUCGGGUAUUGUCGUAGCUGGUGGUAAAGGGCAAGGUCCUGAAUUAAAUCAAUUGAAUACUCCAUAUGGCAUUUAUGUCGAUGAAAUCAAUGAAAUUGGUGCAAUUUAUAUUUGUGAUUUACAAAAUCAUCGAAUUCAAAAAUGGCUUAAGGGUGCUAAUGAAGGAAUAACUGUAGUUGCCAAUGCCGAUCAGCUACAUUCUCCAGUUUCAAUUCUUUUACAGUCAACAGCAAAUCGAACGAUCAUGCUUAUAUCGAGUUUCUCUGCUAAUCGUGUUUUUAAAUGGAUACCAUAUGAACAAGAAGCUGAAUCUAUUAUUGCUGGAAUCGGUGGUUUUGGUACUGAAGUAAAUCAGCUUGAUGCACCAAGAGGUAUUAAAUUCGAUAAAUAUUGGAAUUUAUACGUCGCCGAUGAUGGCAAUAAUAGAAUACAAAAGUUUCUGUUUAAUACUUCUUCAUGUGAAAAUAGUGAUUAA